AUGUUCAACAACCGAGAAGCAGUUCUAACAGUGGUGAAGAACUACAAUAUUCAACGGAAUGCAGAGUACAGAAUGCUGGAGUCAGAUAGCCUUAAAUAUCACUAUCGUUGCAAGCAAUUCACGAUUGGUUGUCCAUGGAGUCUUCAUAUGGCAUUGCGAUAUAACUUGAAUUACUGGCAGCCCUCAUAUCGGAAGAUAUGGAUGGAAAAACAAAAGGCGAUUGCCAAGAUCUAUGGCGACUGGGAAGAGUCAUAUAAUAGGAUUUCGGCGCUCUUACAAGCUUUGCAGGAGUGCCUCCCAGGUACGAUCCACGAAUGCAUUGUUGUCCCUUAUUACAACGUGAAUAUGAUUGACAGAGAGUGGAGUUGGUUUGAUAAGGUUUUCUGGCCAUUUCCUCUAUGUAUUGAAGCGUUUAAGCAUUGCAAGCCAUUUGUAUCGGUGGACGGAACACAUUUGUAUGGCAAGUACAAGGGCAUGCUUUUAAUUGCUAUGGCUCAAGAUGGUAACAACAAUAUUCUUCCCAUAGCUUUCUCAUUAGUGGAGUUUGAGACAACGGAGUCAUGGUCGUUUUUCCUCUCAAAUUUGAGACAGCAUGUUACUCCACAGCCAGGAAUCCUGAUUAUAUCAGAUAGAUCACAGGUCAUUCGCGCUAAUCUCAAUGCACCUCACAGUGGAUGGCAUCCUCCAUCAGCAUAUCAUGCUUAUUGCAUCUGGCACAUGGCUUCAAACUUCAAUUCCAGGUUCAAAUCGGCCUAA